GAAUCGCGAUUUAAAAAAAUACGAGUGAAUCUACUUUUGUCGUCGAUGGCUGCGAGUGAAGUGUCAAAUGGGAAGUGAAGGGAUGCUGUGAAAACUGAAAGUUCAGAUGUGGAUCAUUUGCAUUUGAUGUUCUGAAUGAAGCACUGAAACAUCGUUACUGUUCGUUGAGUUUUUUUAUGGAAAGAUAUUUGAAGAAAGAAUCUGGUAUGUCAACUAACGACGCUGAACCUUUUAUCGAACUUCCUCCAGUACCUCCGCUAUCUGUACCUAGAGAAGAAAAGGUAAACGAGUUCAAACAUAAUUUGCGAAAUCUUAAGCCAGGCAAACAUCUUGCUCUUCACGGUUUGAAAGGAUUUGGAAAAUCUUGCCUGACUGUUAUUGCACUCAAAGAUAAAGAAUUAGUAGCAGAAUUAUUCGAGAAUCAAAUCUACUGGUUAAAAUUUAGCUACACAUCUAAAAAGUUGGAAGAAGGUCUCAUCGUUCAUGAGAAUAAAGUCAACGAAGAAAUUUUGAUUCAGCUCAACGAACUGGCUCAAAGAAUAAAAAAGUCUGACACGCUCCCUACCCCCUUAAAAUCUGAAACGUUGAAGGAAUGCCUACUACGAAUAAUAAAAUUCCAUUUUAGUCAAACACAGAACAAAAACUCACUCUUGAUUCUGGAUGAUGUUUGCCAUAAAAAAAUCGUCGAUACUUUCGUUUUCGGAUGCAAAACAUUGGUCAUAACCGAUGACCUUUCGGUCGUCAAGGAAAGACGUCCAAUAAAGUUUCAGCUUCAUGGUGGCUUUUCUCUAGCUGAAUCUUUAGGCUUAUUUGCAAAAGUCUUGGAUAUACAAGUUGAUCGCCUUCCACCAGAAGCCAAGCAGAUUCAUGUAGAAUGCAAAGGCAUGCCAUUGCUAAUUUCAAUGUUUGCGGGACAAUUCGAGGAAUUUAAGGAGGACAUGUCUAAAAAUCGGGAAAGAUGGCAAUAUUAUUUAGAUCGUCUGAGAAAGAAGGACCCAAAAAAUAGGGCAAUUCAAGAACGAACUGCGAUUUUCGAUAUGUGCAUCGAAAAGUUGAAGCCACCUGAGCUGAAGAAAAUGUACUACGAAUUGGCCAUCUUUAACGAGGAUGUUAACAUCAUGCCGAAGACUUUAGAAAUUCUAUGGGGAGUCGAGCCACUUGAAGUCGACGAAUACAUGCUUAUUUUCUGUCACAAAUCUCUGGCUGCUCGCAGGUGGAAUGAAGAACUUAACAGUUAUGUUUAUGGUGUGCAUGAUCUCUUACUGUCCCACUUGAAAAUGAAGUUGAAUUCCUUAAAAUUAAAAGAGAAACAUCGAUUGUUUAUAAGAAAAAACAGAGAAGCCUGUAGGGGUGAUUUCAGUAAAUUGCCGGAUGACAAUUAUAUUUACUCAUAUGUAGGUCAUCAUCUCGAGCAAGGAAGAUUAUAUCAUCUUUUUCCGAAGGUUUAUCUAAAUCUUGAAUUUGUGCAAGCGAAAAUCCUCACGGUAGGAUUAAGCGAUUUUUUGAUUGACAUUGCCAAGUACAAGCAGUACAUCUCUGGAAAAUCGAACGAACAUGAAAUAAAGAGAGCAAACCUGGAGCAGUUUCUCAAAUCUAAAAUUAACCUAAUUAUAAAAUACAGUAUUAAAAAUUGUCUUGAUUUGGUUCAAAUCGCUUUAAUGUAUGAGAAAAAAGGUUUUGUUUUCGAUGCGAGUCGUCAACUGGCCAAUAAAAGGAAUUCGGAUCUUUACUUUUCCAACAGUAAACACUUGGGAAAUGAAGGAGUGACAUCAUUGGAAAACGUUUCGACUGAAUCGACAGUCGAUUCGUAUGUUGAAGAUAUUUCGGCUCUCUGUUACACAGAUGAUCCAAACUCACUUCUGCUAGCUUCCAAAAAAGGAGAGAUUAUUCUGAAAAAUGUUGAGACCAAAAAAUCAAAUUACUUUCAUGGUUUUAUUGGCAAAAAUAUAAUAAAACUGGUGCUAUCACAUGUGGGCAAUUAUUUUCUAGCUCUGACUGACGAGGGAACAGCAAAACUGUUUUGCAUCAACGAGGAGGAGAAUGAUAAUGGAAAUAACGAUCGUAGUCCCAGAGAAAAACAAAAAAUUUGGACUGGGGUUUUUACCAACAAACAUAAUGAAGAUGAUAGUCUCAAAACCUUUUCUAUUGAGCAGGAUGAUAAAUUAUCAGAUGUGGCUUUUUCGCAAUGUGAUAAAUUUGUCGCUGGAUGUACUACUAAAAAUAUUAUACAUAUAUGGAAAGAAAGCGGGGAGGAAUUCCAGACAUUAAAACUCACCCCUGGCAUUUGCUUGGAAAAGAUAUCAUUUACAUCUGAUUUACAAAAAAAUAUUUUAAUGCACGUUAUAGGGAAUAACGGUGUCUUGAUCAGUUAUAAGUUUUGCAAUACAAGUUUUCAAUAUAUGUCGCAUUAUAAUCCGCAAAUUAAAGAAGAAGACAAAGAUAGCGUGAGGAUUGUAUUCUUUAAAAGAAUGCCAAAAGAAUAUGAUUCUGUGAUUAUAGUCACUGAAAAAAAAGCUGUGCUUAUUAAAUGGUCUCAAUCUUCGACUCAGAUUCACAGUUACACCAGAAAGGGAGGAACUACGAUUGAAGAUCAAAAUUCCAUUUUUGUUGGAGCGACUGUCACUUACGAUGGGCAAUAUUUGAUCACUGCGAAGUCUGAUGGACACGACGAAGUCUGGGAUAUACAGAAUAAUUUUACACGUGUCGCAAUUUAUAAAGUAGGCAUCCAAACAAGAAGUUGUUUGGAUACUUACUGGAUGGAGGAGGAAGGGUAUCAUUUGUUUUGCAGAAAUGAAAACAGACUAAUCCACAAAUGGCAGUUAAAGAGGAUUGACAUACCCAAACCGUUAAAGAAGCCAUUGUUUAAUGCUCUGAUGAAACCGUUAGGUCAAGAUGAUAUGGUGGUUAGGAGAACCUCCGAAAAUAGACUAGCGAUAUAUAAAGGAAGCCAGAUUGCUUGGAGAAAAAUAGCAGAAACAGAUAUAGUAGAUGGCACAUUCAAAACCAUGAUUUUUACUUCAGAUGGUUCUAAAGUGAUUUAUGAAGUUUUGAAGGAUCAACAGCAGGAAAUAUUCAUUUUCGAUAUUGAGACACAAACUUCAAUGCGGAUGAAGCAGUCGGGGAAUAUAUCGAAGUUGAUAAAAAGCAUAAACAACCUCGAAACUGGUGUUGUCGUCUUUGAGGAACGUGAUAAUUUAAGGAUUUGGACAGAAAAAGUAUCAAAUUUACAAGUAAUAAACGGACCAGGUGAGGUGAUUUCGGUUCACGAAAUGGCCCCAAACGAGAUUCUGACAGUAAAAAAAAAAUUUAUGAUAGGCUACUGGAAUAUUUGGGGCAACGAAUGGACAAGAGAAACUCAGAAUGACAAUUUAAAAAAUUCGAAUGCAAUUAGCAGCAAUGUGAGUCCCGGAAAAACGUAUUUAGCCGUCUUGAAUGAAAAUCAAAAAGAGUUGGUGCUCUAUGUAAAAAUAAAAAAUCACGAAGUAACCCCAGCACAAGUCUCUAUCAAUUUUUACGAACAUUAUAGUUUUGAAACAAAUGUUACGUGCUAUGAGUUUUCGGAGAAUGAGCAGUACUUGGCGAUCGGCUUCGACGAUGGCAACAUUUCAAUUCUGGAUAUUGCAGAGAGAAAGGAAAUUCAAAAACUUUCUCUUCACUGCAACCCAGUUUGUGAAUUGCACUGGGCUCCAGUUUGUAUAAAGGCACCAAUUUUAUUAUCGGUCAAUGCUGAUGAGUUAAUUUGGUGGAAUGUAGAGCCAGUUUUGAAGCAAAACUGCCGAAGAAAAAGUCGAAUGGGCUUCACUGGAAUUUUGGAUAAUGUGCCUAGUCCAAAAUCUAGUCUUCGAUUGAAAAAUGACCAGAGCAAUGCAGUACAUUUAAGUGACGACACAGAUAGUAAUAACGGUACUAAUGAUAUUGACAAUCUAAGUCAAAAAACAAAUGGUAACCUAAAGACACCCAAAAUGACUGAUAGUGUAGAAUUUUGGAAUUCCAAGGUAUUUAAGGAGGGUCAGCCAGGCCUCUUAGGUUUAGUUCCUUUGCCAUCGAGUACAGCAAAAGUCUGCGUGUCCGAGGACUUUAAAAAAUUCUUAAUUAUAAACAGUACUGAGCACAUCAAUAUCUUACAGCCAUUUGGGCUCUCGGAUAUUUAGUGCAAUUAUGUUCUCAGCUACUCACUAGUUGAAUUUAGAAUAAUUCUGAGAUACCUGAGGUAUAGGAUAUUAUAUCAUAAUUAGAAUAAAGUCGCUGAAACGAAAACUUAACAAUAUAUACAUAUAAGAUAUAUUUUAAACCAGUUUUUAAUUAAUUUGAGUUCAAAAUCACCUUAGAAUCAGAUCAAAUAUCAUGACUUGGUUUAGAUUUUCGAAGACGAAUUUCCAAAUGACUUAAUUCUAUCAACACUGACAUUUCCUUAAAAUAUAAAAGUAAUAAAACUUACGAUAAACGCAUUCCAGUGCCAUUAGAGAAAAGAUUUCAUAUUUUAUAAUAUAAGGCAAAUGAAGAUGUGAUCAUUUAGAAAAAGGCUCAUGCUAAUUGUAAGUCUAUAAAAUAAAUUAAACUUGAGAUUCGUCUUUCGUAAUUACCUCGAUUAAUCAUAAUU